AUGGGCUCUUAUGUUCCGCGAAAACAAGCUGUUCCUCUUGAAACUUUGAGAGGCUCUCUCCCUGAGGUCGUCAUCUCGAAGGAUGUUGACCACGUCUCUGCCGUCCGUUCAGCCAUUGAGAAACUUGAAUCCUUAGAUGCCGCAUUUCUCACAGACGAUGCAUUAUGGAGAGAUCUCUGGGCUCUCACAGGCACAUCCAGGACAUUCUAUGGUUCUGAUACUGUGUCGUCGGCGUGGAAAGAGCUCGCGGAUCAACAUCAUCCGCAGGACUUUCGCUUUAUCCCUGGCUCGUCACUAGUUAUGAGGGUUGGUCCUGAUCAUGCCUGGAUUCAAGGCAGAUUUACUUUUGAAACAAGUGGUAGCAUACCACAGGUGCUAGGCUCAGGAUUUAUCGGCAUUGUUCCCACGGGAGACGGUAAAUGGAGGAUGUGGCUUUUAAGCACGGUUCUAGAACAGAUCAAGGGUUAUCCGAGCUGUGAUACCCUCGAACCCGAGCCCGAAACCGAAUCUACGAUACCUAGAACUCUCUGCUUGGAGAUUCCAGAUUUAUCUACAUUCGACUGCGUGAUAGUCGGCGCAGGAAUGGCAGGCCUAAGCGUUGCUGGUCGCCUUAAAGCACUUGGAGUGUCAUAUGUCAUACUCGAGCAGAAUGAUGAUAUUGGUGACAACUGGAUAAAUCGAUACGAUUCUGCAAAGCUCCAUACGAUCAGAGAAUACGGCCACCUCCCGUUUUCACGAACAUUUCCAGAAGAGGAUCCUCGUUUCCUCGACCGGGAAGAUCUUGCCCGAGGCUAUAAAAAGUAUGUCAGUCAGUAUGGAAUUAAUGUAUGGCUGAGUACUACCCUCGAGUCAGCUUCUCGGAAUGAGAAAGAGAACAUAUGGGUGCUAAAUGCCAGACAAAAUGGUACUCCCGAUGUAUCUGUCAUCCACGCUCGUCAUCUUGUUCUCGCCACUGGUUCUGGUCAAAUACCAAAGAUGCCAGCACUUCCAAACCCGAAACUAUUUCAAGGCGAAGUACUGCAUUCCGUAGACUAUAAAUCACCCGAGGCAUGGAAAGGAAAGAAAGGAGUUGUCAUCGGAUCCGCCAACACUGCCCACGAUGUUGCGAGCGAUAUGCUUGAUGCUGGUUUGGAGUUGGUUACUAUGGUGCAGCGAAAAGUUACAGAUGUCAUUCCGGUUGAAUACCUCAAUCAUGAUGCUAUCUACAACACCAAAAUCCCGACUGAGACUGCGGACAGAAUCCAAUUUUCCCUACCUAUUGCUGUCGCUCGGCAGAUUGCCAUGAAAAAUAUUCGAGCUAGGGUGGACCAAGAGCAUGAAAGAUUUGAUGCCCUAGAACGUGCCGGUUUUUUAGUACGGCGAUACUGCGACCCUUUCGAUUUCCUCAUCGUCCGGCUCGGAGGCCAUUAUCUUGAUGUCGGAUGCUCUGCAAAGAUUUCUGCAGGCCUUAUCAAAAUGAAGUCAAACGUGACACCCAUCGCUUACACACCCACCGGGCUUGAACUUAGUGAUGGAUCUCAGCUAGAUGCAGACGUUAUAGUUUUCUGCACUGGUUUUGAAGGCAAUAUGCGCACUACGGCAGCCAGCAUAAUCGGGCAGAGUAUUGCAGAUCGUUUGGAAGAUUUCUUCGGAGUUGACGAGGAGGGUGAAAUUCUCGGAGCAUGGAAGCCAAUGAAUUGUCCGGGUAUAUGGUAUACUGGCGGUGCCAUUGGACAUGCCAGAUACUUCUCGAGAUUUGUGGCAUUGCAGAUCAAGGCCGACGUUGCAAACGUGCCAUUGCAGCAGUACCACAAAACGCCAGUUUAG